AUGACCAAUCUAAUCCGAACGAAUGCUGUGGAGGAAGCGACCUUAACUUAGUUGAGUUGAAGUUGAAAGAUAACAAACAACAAACAAGAAUGCCCAUCUUCUCUGCAACGUUGGGCUCCUUCACUUCCAUCUCCUCCUCCUUCCUCUCACAGUCACACCUUUCUCCUUUCGUGAAGACACCUUGCCAAUGGCAGCAUCACUAUCACACUGCUAAAGUCUUGGUCUCUGCCUCUGGCAAUACCCAAAUUGACCAAAAUCCCGACUCUGGACUUCUUCAACGCCCUACUCCUCCAGACCCACUCGAUGACGCUCGUCAGGCUCGGUAGAGAUCGUCAGAUUGGAAGGCUGCAAAGACAUAUCAAGAUAGUAAAGUCAUUUAUAAUGGUAGGGUUGAAGGUUUUAAUUCUGGAGGCCUGCUGGUUCGGUUUUAUUCUGUUAUGGGCUUUCUCCCAUUCCCACAAUUGAGUCCAGUGCAUGCUUCUAAAGAACCAGAGAAAUCUAUCCAAGAAAUUGCACAAGGCUUAAUUGGUUCAAUCAUGUCGGUGAAGGUAAUUCUAGCAGAUGAGGAUAACAAGAAAUUGAUCUUCUCUGAAAAGGAAGCUGCCUGGUCCAAAUAUUCAAAACAGGUCAAUGUAGGGGACAUUUUUGAAGUAAGAGUUGGUUAUGUUGAGGACUAUGGUGCUUUUGUUCAUUUGCGCUUCCCUGACGGUCUUUAUCACCUUACUGGACUAAUACACGUCUCAGAAGUGUCAUGGGAUCUAAUUCAGGAUGUCAGAGAUAUCUUAAAAGUAGGUGAUGAAGUGAGGGCCAAAGUUGUUGGUAUUGAUUGGGGAAAAUCAAGGAUUAACCUAUCAAUUAGACAGCUAGAAGAAGAUCCACUCUUAGAAACUCUGGACAAAGUAAUACCUCAGGAUGGUUCAGCUGAUCCUGAUUCUAUGAGUGGUGGUGAUAGCGGUAGCAUUGAGCCUCUUCCAGGGCUUGAAACAAUCCUUGAAGAGCUACUACAGGAAGAUGGAAUAUAUGACGUAAGAAUCAGCCGUCAAGGGUUUGAAAAAAGAGUGGUCUCGCAAGACUUGCAGCUUUGGCUUUCUAAUGCACCUCCCACGAACCAAAGGUUUACUCUACUUGCCCGGGCUGGAAGACAGGUGCAGGAGAUACAUCUCACUACAUCCCUUGAUCAGGAAGGUAUCAGGAGGGCAUUACAACGAGUAUUGGAGCGUGUCCCCUGAAUUUCAUUCACUCAGACCUUUCUUCCGAUAAUCACUGCGAUCGAUUUUGUACAGUUACAUGCAUGCCAUUAUAUAUAUAUGGAGUGUAUUUAUUAUAUAUCCGAUCUUCUUAUUCCUCAAAUGUUCAAGAUUAAAAAAAGUUCUUAGUUGUAAAAUCAUGCACAUUACUCGAGUUAUUCAUUCAGAAUUGCCAACACAUUUGUGCUA